AUGUCUCACGAGUGUGAUUGGAAACCUUUUGAAGUCCGCCCAAUCUUCUGUACCUCCAUCUCCGGCGCCCCCAACAACAGCUCACUACCAGAAGCCAAGGCUCACGAAUCAGAGUCCAAUCCAACAGAGACAGGUUAUGGUUCAUCGAUGAUUUUCAAACAGAAACCUAAACAAUCGGGGAAGAACAUAGCUUCGGCGAACAUCACAAGGUCGUCGUCGACCCAAUUCCCUGCCACUCAAACCACCAACAAGACCAGCAGGAUAGAAUCCCACCCUACUGCAAUUAAUUACAAUGGAUACGAUGAGCAGAGGAGAGAAGAUUACCACCAAUAA